AUGGUGAUUGCAGAAGGCAGCUCCUCAGCCAGUGAAUCUGGCAAACGUCCAGCCGCAACGUCAGCGCGAGGAGCUUGUGCCAUGUUUACGUGGCCAUGUCCUCGCACGUACGGCAAGACGUUGGCAGACCGGGAGAAGUUGGGCGUUUUGAAGCCAGCCGACUGGACCAAAGAGGACUUAGGCACCAAGUUCCGUGGAGUUCUUCAGAAACGGAGUCUCUUGGAGGCGUUGAAAAGCAUGGUGAUCGCGCAGGAACCUCACAACAAAUGGGCUCCAGGACACGAAGAAAGGGAGGUUCACUACCACAUUGUCAUGAAAAUGGCAGCUCCCUUUGCCCACGCCAAGAUCUGCACCGAUCUUGGAGCUUCAGGGUGCAAGGGAUUCUUCACGUUUCCACGUGCGGGGUGGGCAUCCUAUCUUGCCUAUGUCCUCUUGCCCUCAGCGAAGAAGCUGCAGAAGGAUUUAGACCCUUGUCCCAUGUUUUGGCCCCCAAGCUUUACCAAAGAGAAAGCCCUUGAAGUCAUCAAACAGGUUGACGCUAAAAUGCUGCAUCGCAACAGUGCUGAAGUCCAGCAGCAGAUCAAGGCCACGCAGAAGACUUCUGCACCCAAGCGCAGGCGAACUUUGACUUUUUCGGAGUUCACGGACUACGUGGUAGAGAACCGUUGCGUGGAUGAGGCUGAUGUUUGGCGAUUAGCCAAGAGGUUGAAAACAGCGGGAGAAGACUUGAUGUGGAACUACUUGGAAAACAAGGAUGUGGGAAGCGUCCUGCGGAAAGCUUUGAGGGGUUGGCAUCACGAGUCCUUGCCGCAGGGCAUGCUCCAAAAGACGGUCCAGUACCCCAUCUCAGCAUUCAUUGUUCCCGAAGGAGUUCGGCGUUGGAUGGACCAUGGCAGUGGGGAAAAGGCUCUCAUCUUGCACGGUGAGGGUGGACUUGGAAAGACAGAGCUAGCUUGCGCAGUCAUGUAUGAGCUGACUGGACCGUUUUUCUUCUUGGACAAGUUAGAUGCUGCCAAGAAGAUCCACUUUCGGGGAGGCGAAGGGCUGGUGAUUGACGAUGUCAGUUUCUCGAAGCUUGAGGUUGAUGAUGUCAAAAGUUGGCUUGACAUCCAGAAGCCUCGCUUCACCCAUUGCCGAAACGAUGAUGCUUUCAUCCCGGCAAAGACGUUGAGGAUCUUUACAACCAACUCUCGUAGUGUGGACUUCUUCCCGGUAGAGGCCCGGAUGGAAGAACACGUUAAAGCCAUCAAGCGUCGUGUGGAGUGGGUCGACAUCAACGAAGAUGUGCGGCGUCCAGUCCCACUGCCACCCCCGCUCCCUCUUCCAGAAAAUCCAGAUGAGGAAGAGGACCCCUUUGGCUUCGGCUUCGAUUUGCGCUGA